AUGGAUAAACCUUCCGGUAUAAUAUGGGUCCAAUUUGACCAUUCAGAUGUUGGAGAGAAGACCAGACAUGAAAAUAGACAUCUUUAUGUCCAAGCUAUUGAGUCCACAUGGACUCCAAUAAAGCCAAUCACAACUCAGUUUGCUGUGGGUAGAAACCAAACUUCACAAGUUGUUAGAAAACAGUUUCCACUUAGACCCGCUGCGGCUAAGACAAUUCACCGUUCACAAGGUGACACUGAACAAAAAAGUGUUGUAAAUUUCAACACUAGAAGAUCAAUACCACAUAUACAUUAUGUUGGUUUGCGCAGGGUAACAGCAAUUGAAGGUUUAUUUAUCACUGACCCAUGUGAAGAUAAAAUAGCUGUCAAUCCUCAUGUAGCAGCUGAAAUGGAACAUUUGAGAAAUGAACGUGUACUAAAACUAAGUGUCACUCCUAUUUAUAAGACAGACCAAGUCUCAUUCAAACUGUGCUAUCUAAAUGUACGGUCGUUGCAUAAACACAUUGAUGAUAUUAAUUCGGCAUGA